AUGAUCCACUCGGCGAGUCAGGGAGUUGCGGGGCAGCAGUCCCCAGAGCAGCGGCAGCGGAAGCGCCGUCUGCACCCCGAGCUGAGGGGCAACGACAUCCAACUGGGACUCAACCAGGAGGAGCGCCGCCAUCUCCUGCGGGAGCUCAGCACGGAGGAAGUCCGGCGGGCGCCAGCGGGCCGGGGAGUGAGGGCCACACAGCAGCCGUGGGGCGGCCGGGCACGCCCAAUUCCGCCGCCCCUCCCGCUGGCGGCACUCGGAGCCACGCAAAAAGCAACGCAGACGGUAGUGACACCGUCUCCGCUGCGUGGGCGCGUGCCCCACUGCUGCUGCUUCUGCCGCUGCCGCUCACGGCUGCUUUUGCCUGUGCCGCUGGACAAUGCUGAGGGGACAGCCACACACACACACACACGGUGCCGGCAGCGUGGCUGUGCGUCGCACGGACCACCCAAAUGA